AUGUGUACAAAGUUUUUGAGAUUCACGGAAGAAAAGCUUGGUCAAGCAGAGAAGACUGAACUGGAUGCUCACCUGGAGAACCUUCUCAGCAAAGCAGAAUGCACUAAAUUGUGGACAGAAAAAAUAAUGAAACAAACAGAAGUAUUAUUGCAGCCAAAUCCAAAUGCCAGAAUAGAAGAAUUUGUCUAUGAGAAACUGGACCGCAAAGCACCAAGUCGCAUGAAUAAUCCCGAGUUGCUAGGCCAGUAUAUGAUUGAUGCUGGGAAUGAAUUUGGCCCUGGAACGGCUUAUGGAAAUGCACUCAUUAAAUGUGGAGAAACACAAAAACGAAUUGGGACAGCGGACAGAGAACUAAUUCAAACUUCUGCUAUAAACUUCCUCACUCCCCUAAGAAACUUUAUUGAAGGAGACUACAAAACUAUUGCUAAAGAACGUAAACUAUUACAAAAUAAAAGACUAGAUUUGGAUGCAGCAAAAACCAGAUUGAAGAAGGCAAAAGUUGCAGAAGCUCGAGCUGCAUCUGAGCAGGAAGUACGAAUUACUCAGAGUGAAUUUGACCGUCAAGCUGAGAUUACCAGACUUCUGCUGGAAGGAAUCAGCAGCACACAUGCACAUCAUCUUCGGUGUCUGAAUGAUUUUGUUGAAGCUCAGAUGACCUAUUAUGCACAAUGUUACCAAUAUAUGUUGGAUCUCCAGAAGCAACUUGGAAGCUUUCCAUCCACUUUCCUCUCUAACAACAAUCAGUCUUCCUCAGCUCCUGUGCAGAGUUUUUCUACUCCCUCAGUCUUGGCCUCAGCCUCCGCCUCGUUGCCUUCAGUAAGCAAUUCCAUAGUUACUUCAGGCAUCAGUGAACUGAAGUCAUCAAGUGGCAGCAGGAAAGCUCGAGUUCUCUACGAUUACGAUGCUGCAAACAGCAGUGAAUUAUCGCUACUUGCAGAUGAGGUGAUAACAGUGUACAGUAUCCCCGGCAUGGAUUCAGACUGGCUGAUGGGUGAAAGGGGAAAUCAGAAAGGCAAAGUGCCUAUUACUUAUUUAGAACUGCUAAACUAAAUGGUAGGCCUGAAUAAAGACUGUCAAUUAUGGCAACACCAUAUUUAUAUACAAUUAACGUUCUGUAAGCAGGUUUAAGUGUCUUCCAUGUUGGUUGUCUUGAGGGACAAAGACCAGCCAUUACAAACUGGCUUUUCGGCCAGCAUGGUUGCAUGGUAAAUACGCUAUUCAAACGUAAUGUGUUCAAAGCUUUUACUUCAUGUGCCAAGAACAUGUUUCCUACAGAUUUGUUUCUACUGAAGUUUUCACUAAUACAAGCUUCUACUUUUGAGUAAUCUAGAUUGAAAGCAGGAGGUACUGUUUUCUACUGAAAUUUUUCAUUAAUGGCAAAGCUUUUCUUCACAUAAAAUAAACUUAUUGUGAACUGA